AUGGCCGACAGUGUUGUCACUUUCCUCUUGCAAAACUUGUUCGAUCUACUCAAAGAAGAAGCAAAUUUCCUUGCUGGAGUGGAGGAUAAAGUCAAUUCGCUUCAUGAUGAGCUCAGUUUUAUAAAUAUCUUCCUGGAGAGCUCCGCGGAAAAACGGAAAGAUAAAAUAGUAAAUGAGGUAGUCCGGCAAAUCAGGGACGUGGCUUACGAGGCUGAGGAUACGAUCGACCAUUUCAUCUACAAUGUCGCAAAACACAGGAGGAGGAGCGCGAUAAGGAGGAUGUUUCGUUUACCUUCUAACACAUUGAUGCUUCGAAACGUUGGAAAGAAGAUAGAAGGAAUCAAAGAGAAAAUCAACGAAAUCUACAAUAAUAGAGAAAGGUACGGCAUUGAAAGAGUUGAAGCUUCUGGAAAUGCAGUCGAGGAGGAGGCAAUGCACAGGCGUAGGAGAGAAGUCGAGGAAGAUGACGUGGGGAUCUUAAGCUCGAUGCCGGCCAUUUCAAUCAUCGGUAUGGGCGGGCUGGGCAAGACGACUCUUGCCAGGAAAAUAUACAAUAAUCCUCGUGUCGUGAGGCACUUUAAGUGCCGUGCAUGGGUGUGUGUAUCUCAAGAUUUCAGAAUUAGAGAGUUGUUACUUCAAAUUUUAAAGGAAUUGGGAAUUUUAGAGGAAUUGGGAAUGAGACUUGAAGACAUGAGUGACGAUGAACUAAAAAAGAAGCUAGUCAAAUGCUUGCAAGGGAGGAGGUUCCUAGUAGUCAUGGACGACAUAUGGAGAGCUGAAGUUUGGGAUGAGGUAAGAUCUGUGUUUCCUGAUAACUCCAAUAGAAGCAGAAUAUUGAUCACUAGUCGAAAUAAAGAAGUGGCGUUAUAUGCAAGCCAUACUCCUCCUUACUAUCUCCCAUUUCUUAAGGAAAAUGAAAGCUGGGAACUCUUCCAUAAGAAGGUGUUCCGAGGAGAAACAUGUCCUCCCGAAUUAGAAACUCUUGGGAGACAAAUCGCAAAAGGUUGUCGAGGCUUACCACUUUCGAUUGUGGUAUUAGCAGGCCGUUUAGCAAAAAUGGACAAGUCACUGCACAUAUGGUCGAAAUUUGUUGGUGAUGUAACUAGUUUGCUUAAUAGUAACGAGGAUACAACAAUAUGCCAGAAAAUACUAUCCUUAAGCUACACCGAUCUACCCCGGCACUUGAAACCAUGCUUUUUGUAUUUUGGUAUAUAUCCAGAAGAUUUUCAGAUUCCGGUAGUUGAAUUGGUUAGCCUGUGGGUAGCGGAGGGUUUCAUACAGCCCAAAGGCAAUAGAUUGCCGGAGGAUGAUGCUGAAAUGUAUUUGGAGGAGCUCAUUGAUCGAAGCUUGAUCCAAGUGGUUCGCAGGAGGAGGAUAGAUGGAGGAGUAAAGACAUGCCGUAUCCAUGAUCUUUUGCGAGAUCUCUGCAUAUCGGAGAGUGCGGAAGAGAAGUUUCUUGAGAUUCAUCCAGGUUACGAACAUUUAUCCACGAACAAUUCCCGCAGACUAUCCAUCCAAGGUAAGACUUGUCGAUAUCAGUCUUCAACCCUUCAUGUCCCUAAAAAUGUCCGUUCUGUGUUCUUCUUUGGUAAUAGAUCGUAUGAUGACUGUGUUAUCCGGAAAUGGCUAAAAGAAAACUUCAAAUUGCUUCGGGUGAUUAAUUACGUACCAAAUUCAGUCGUGCUCAAAAGCAUAGAAACAUUUAUCCAUUUGAGGUACUUGAGGAUAGAUUGUCAUCAUCUUGAUUUUCCAGAUUCUAUUUGCAACCUUACGAAUCUAGUGACGCUUCGCGCACUUGGUGAUGGUGGUUCAAAUAGAUAUUUGCCGAAGGGCAUAUUUAAGCUGCAGCGUCUUAGGCAUCUGUAUCUGUCUUAUGCUCUUGGAUGGUCGUUUCCUUGGGAUUCAAAGGGAGUUUUAUGUAACCUCCAAGUCCUUGACUGCUUAGCAAUUAACUAUGAGCUUAAAAAUCAUAGGUUCCUUGUCGUACCGGAAAAUUUUCCUAAUGUUAGGCAUUUAACAAUGUCAAUUUAUAGACCGUCGACAUUGGAGGCGGGGCAUGAAGAAGAUUCUUUUCCAAGCCUCCACCACUUAGCUCAUCUUGAAACAUUGAAAAUUUGGGAUUGCGGAAUGCUUGCUGGAUAUCCGAAUUUAAUUCCAUCGACAGUCACCAAGCUAAGAUUACAAAGGGUUGAAAGACUCGAUGCCUGCGUGGCAGAGCUGGGAAAGCUUCCCAACCUUCGGAUGCUGAAAUUACAUGGAUUACAAUAUGAAUGUCCGAAUGUUAGCAUCCACGUCAUUGCACAUUCGUUUCCUCAACUCCAAUUCCUCGAAUUGAGGGGAUUGAGAAUUGAAGAAUGGAAAAACGAGACGAGUGCAAUGCCAAGGCUUACGCAUUUGGUUAUCGUUCAAUGCUUUCAAUUUGCUAGCGCACCAGAACUAUUGAGUUCCACCACUUUGCAAUAUGUGAAGGUGUCCGAUAGUCCAAGAUUGGCUAGAUUGCUUCAAAAUCUGCCGGGGAAAGUUGGGUUUGAGCUGAUCAUUGACUAGAGACUGAGAACUUCAACGAGACUGAAAUGGUGUUCUUUCUAUUGCUUUUUUUUUACGAGGUUGUCCUAUUUCAAUGUUAUUCGAUGUGUUAUUUCUACAUCAUAUUAUCUUACAUCAAUUCUACAUCAAGAUACAUUUGAUAUGUGACCCAUGUAUAUGAGACUCAUAUGUAUGAGUUUCACACCCUAUGUGUCUUGGUGUAGGAUUGAUGUAGUGUAUUGUGAUAUAGAAAAAUCAUUUCUCAUUCUGAGUUACAUGCGCGGAUAACUGCCCCACGCUCUUUGUUUCCUGGUGGGUUGGUUUCAAGUUUCACUAUCUUUGAAUAUUUGGUUUCAAGUUUCCAGUAAUUUGUACUCAUAAUAUUGAAAACUAUUUUAUUUUCAUUGAGUCCAUGGUGUUAUAUAUUAA